AUGAGUGAAGAACAAGCAGCAAAUCAGGAAGAACCAAAAAGAAAUAUUUCGAAUGCAGUUCUUGCAAGUAAAUCGUUGGGAUCGGUAUCAAAGCCUCAAUUUGGAAGAUCUAUGAGUAGAUUGAAAGUCCGGAGGCAGUCUAUGGGUUUCAGCGGCGUACCUGGGCUAAGACCUGUCGAAAGGACCUCUCAGAUUGGCUUUGAGUUUAAAAGGCCGGCCCUUGUAUAUCUACCCACAUAUCAGUUGGAACCAGCUGAAAGGUUUAAUGUGGAAUGUGUGACUAACAUAGUGAACGAAUUCGUGAACGAAAACUUUUCUGGUCACAAAUAUAACAGCCAGGACUCCCCAGCGCUAGCUUUACGCUUAUCAGGUGAAGUGAUGCGUAAAAUAAAAAGUUUGUGUUACGAUCGCUACCGCAUCAUUACCGUCGUCACCAUUGGCCAGAAGCGAGCUCAAAGUUACAAUAACGCCGUUGCCUUUUUAUGGGACCACGAGAGAGAUAACUUUGUCGAGACUAAAAUGGAAACUGCGACCGCAUUCAUCCAAAUUAUUGUUUUCGGAGUUUAUUUAGAUUAA